GUGCAGAAGGAGGGCUCGCUGGGCGACGAGCUGCUGCCCCUCGGCUACGCCGAGCCGGAGCAGCAGGAGGGCUCGUCGGCCGGGGCGCCGUCGCCCACGCUGGAGCUGGCUAGCCGCAGCCCGUCCGGGGGCGCGGCGGGCCCGCUGCUCACGCCGUCUCAGUCGUUGGACGGCAGCCGGCGCUCGGGCUACAUCACCAUCGGCUAUCGCGGCUCCUACACGAUCGGGCGCGACGCGCAGGCGGACGCCAAGUUCCGGCGAGUGGCACGCAUCACCGUGUGCGGCAAGACGUCGCUGGCCAAGGAGGUGUUCGGCGACACCCUGAACGAGAGCCGGGACCCGGACCGUCCUCCCGAGCGCUACACCUCGCGCUAUUACCUCAAGUUCAACUUCCUAGAGCAGGCCUUCGACAAGCUGUCCGAGUCGGGCUUCCACAUGGUGGCGUGCAGUUCCACGGGCACCUGCGCCUUCGCCAGCAGCACCGACCAGAGCGAGGACAAGAUCUGGACCAGCUACACGGAGUACGUCUUCUGCAGGGAGUGAGCUCCCCAGACCCCCUCGCGACUUCACCGCGCCCAUCCCCCUUCCUUCCUGCUAGGGAGAGGAUUCCCGAUCUCCCCUCUCACCCCACGCCCUCCCAUUCCCCUGUCUCCCACCUUUAGUAGCUGGGCCAGACCCACUCACCCCUUACUUAGGAAACUGCAGCCGCAAAUCCUCGCGGCUUCUUCGUCGUUUUGGACCCCGCUAACCGAGAGAGCCCAGGUGUACCCCCCUCCAGUGCUUCCUCUGCUCCCUGACUCAAAGCACCCCUCCCCUGGAUUGCCUCUCAGUCUGGAUCUAGUGGGACAGUGCGGCUGCAAAGUCACCAGGUAACCGGUGGUGACUGCAUUUGUUCAGAACCUGAUUGGUCUCGGUCCAGUGUGUAGAAGAGUCCUUGAAAUCCCAAGCCCCUUUGACUCAUUAGCGGUGCAAGAGAUCAGAUAGAUAACACUGUCUGGGAAUAGUGUUCCGAAAGGUCAUUACAUAGCCUUUUAACCCUCUUUAGAGGUAGAGUUAUAGAGGGCUGGAUGGAAGACUCCGGACCUGGAGGGAGGAUCCCAUGGAGGCAGUUCCGUGACAACAAAUGAAUAAAGUUUUGCGAAGUUACAUGUAGACGUAGGAAAGGAACCUAGUGCUGGCACAAUGAAGGAUUGUAUCUUUUCCAUGCACAAUGAAAGGUCUUUGCCUAUGGCUUAAAUUUGUAGAAAGUUACCCUCCUGCCCAAGGAGGCAUCCUUUCUCCUCCGCUCACCUCCGGAAGCCCUUAGCUCGACUGGUUGACAUGGCCGCCGUUAUUGGCAAGAGGGAGAAAGCGUGCCGACGCUGACAAGGGCGAGACAGCCCUGGUCGCCAAGCACUGUGCGAAGUCACCUGGCAUUGACUGUAAACGGAGCUGGGUAGUAAUGCACGUCGUGGGUAUUAGGAGAGCCCGUCUUCUUGCAGUAAAUGGCAGUAGGACGUUAGCUCAUAAGACUUGGGG